ACCUUGUUCAAACAAGCGCUGUCAUUAGCGGGUUCACUAUCAACCGGUUCUAGACCAGGAAGGGUUUGUUGUUAACCAGUGGCGGCAAGAUGGCGUCUCUGGAUCGAGUGAAGGUUCUGGUUUUGGGAGACUCAGGUGUUGGGAAAUCUUCACUUGUUCAUCUUUUGUGUCAGAAUCAGGUGUUGGGAAAUCCAUCAUGGACCGUGGGCUGCUCAGUGGAUGUCCGAGUUCAUGACUAUAAGGAAGGAACACCAGAAGAAAAGACCUUCUAUAUUGAAUUAUGGGAUGUUGGAGGAUCAGUGGGCGGUGCCAGCAGUGUGAAAAGCACACGAGCAGUGUUCUUCAACUCUGUAAAUGGCAUUAUUCUAGUCCAUGACUUAACAAAUAAGAAGUCAUCUCAGAAUUUGUAUCGUUGGUCUUUAGAAGCUGUCAACAAGGAUUUGGUUCCAAGUGGAGUCUUAGUUACCAAUGGGGAUUACGACCGAGAACAAUUUGCAGAAAACCAAAUCCCCCUGUUGGUCAUAGGAACAAAACUGGACCAGAUACAUGAAGCUAAGCGCAAUGAAGUUCUAACUAGAAUUGCUUUCUUGGCUGAAGAUUUCAAUGCAGAAGAGAUUAAUUUGGACUGUACAAAUCCCCGAUAUCUUGCUGCAGGAUCUUCCAACGCUGUCAAGCUGAGUAGAUUUUUUGAUAAGGUUAUUGAGAAGAGAUACUUUAUUCGAGAUGGCAGCCAGAUUGUUGGCUUUCCCGACCGAAAAAGAUUUGGUGCAGGAAUUGUAAAGAACCUUCAUUAUGACUGAUAUACUCAUCCUUUUAAAGAACGGACAGGAAGAAAACAGAUUUUCUACUCUUCGUGGCCUCUGGAGACAAUAUAUAUCAGCUAUUAGAAUAUUCAUCCUUUCAUGCAUGUCUUAAAAUUCUUUUCCUCACACUUCCCCACUAAUAUAAAAAUAAAGGGAAAUGAUAAUGGGGAUCAUUUGCACGUCCAGAGCCCUGUCUUCUUCUCGGUCCCUAUCUUCUGAGGAUUGUAUGGCCAGCUGGAAAUAGAGAAGACUGUCGGGUUUACACACCAAGCAACAGUGACUUACAGUAAAAACGAUUCUUACCCAGUACAAAAAAAAAAAAAGCUUUUUCUUUGUGUUUUAUGUAAGUUUAAGGAUAUUUUUAAAUGGACACAUAUUUUGUUUUUUAGACCCUUACCUUCUGUCUUGGAAUCAAUACCAAGUAUCGGUUCUAAGGCAGAAGAGCAGUGGAGGGUAAGACAAUGGGGAUCAAGUGACUUGCCCAGAGUCACGUAGCUGGGAAGUGUCUGAGUCCAGAUUUCAACCCUUCCCCGGGACUUCCCAUCUCCAAACUGGCCUUUCUAUCCACUGAGCCACCUAGCUGCCCCAAAAGCUACCAUUUAAAAUUCUCAAGAAGAGAAGCAGUAUUAAGCAGUCCUUAAAUUGUCUUUAGUAGCUAGCUAUCAUUUACUUUUUUGUCAUUUUCAAAGAGGAAAAGCAGAGUUAAUUAUGUCUCUGCCCCAAUCACAUACUCCCACAAUAGCAGUCUUGUCUGCUUCCCCUCCUCUCCCUCCCAAAUGGCUCAGAGACUAGAAGAGGCUAGCUCAGAGCUGCAGUUAAAUAUAAACACAAAUUAAUAAUACAUAGGCAGCAACAGUAGGAACAAAAUAAAAAAUUGGUCAGAAGUUGGCAGCUUCCUGAAUCCUGUAAUCACUGAGCUCUACCUGACUGCAGGCCUCUCUGAAACCUGCUCGGGAAGAAGCAAGGGGCGUUUGUAGGCCAGCAAAAAGGCAGAAAGAGCAACUUGGAGCCCUUCCCCUUUUUUAUUUAUUUGAAGUAAAAUUCGGCUCUGGAAGAGUAAAUCUUAGUUCACUCACAUGUACUCUGUGAAUUAGGAAUAUUAUUCUUGGUGCUAGCAAUAGAGGAUUCACUGGGAGAGAAAUAAAAAUAGGCUCCACAGCCACACAUUCACUGGAAGUAGACAUGAAUUAUGGAACAGGAUUCUUGGCUUUCUUGAUGGCCCAAUAAUUGGUUUAGGAUCAUGUCAGUUUUCUGCACAGUCUUCCUUUUUUGAUUUUUGCCCAUCAUUUUUCCUUGCAAUAGUGAAUCCUGGUUUUGCUGCCUUCCUCAGAAUCUCCUUGACUGACCCUCUGUCCUCUCACUACCUCCAGUGUUCAUUUCAGCUUCAAUUAUCUCUCCCUCCCCCCAUCUCUCCCCAUGAUUUUUUAAUUAAGUCCCCACCUCACCUCUUCAUUGUAAAAAUAAAGCAUUCACACUCCA